UACAAUCUCCACUCAAACUACCGUACAAAAAAAAAAUGCGGCCAUCUACCCUUUUCAUCCCCCUGGCCUCUCUGGCAGCAUCGCUCGCCUCAGCCUGCGACCCCAGCACCCUCAACACAACCCUCUACCUCUAUCCGAUCACCGAGACGGGCACGACCGUCUUCGAUGUGGCCCGUCUGACAGGCCGUGGCGUGUGCGACAUUGGCCGCGCGAACCUCAUGGCCGACGUGACCAUCAUCCCCAACGUAGGCCAAACGCUCUGGAUCCCCCCGCAAGUGUGUGAGCCCGACAACACGUCCUGUCUGAUUCCCGACACGAACCGCACCCGAACCUGCAUCUACGGCGGCCCACGCCUCUACUACACCGUCAACGGGGACACGUACGACGUUAUCGCGCGUCGACUGAACAUCUCUACGGCUGUAUUGCUGGCAGACGACAACGGAGCGAACUAUACUGCCACCUCUGCCUUGCCCGUGGGCACCUUCAUCAAGGUGCCCACCUGCUCGCCUAGUCGGUGUGUGAUCGAACCCUUUGAUUUCACAGAGGGCGUGUACCUCGAUCUCGCCAGGAAAUAUGGCACCACCGUCGGCCAGAUCAUGAUGCUCUCCCCGACGUACAACUAUAGCGUGAGCUUGUAUGAGGAUACGGGAGCCAGCACCCCGACUAUCAAUAUGGCCUAUAACUGUACUGCUUUGUCUAGCAAUGUGACUGCUUUGACUUAGAUAGAUAGAUAAGACUAGACUAGAAUAACUUAUAGACUAGAUUAGACUAGAAUAGAAUGAG